CUAUGUUAUGGUGGUUGUUGCUGAUGUAAACAACAAAUUACAUUAAUUGGAUAAAACAAACCACAUUCCUUUAUGUUUCUUCUCAGGAUAGUCUAACAAAAUGUCUGAUAUUGAGCCAUCUAUACCUGUAGUUGAUAUCAGUAAUUCUAGAAGUCGAUACAGAGAUGAUGAAUCUGGAGAAGAUUAUGAUUCCGAGUAUGAUUCUUUCAACUCAGAAGAAGACGAGAGAACUGCUAGUCCAGCCUCACCAGCUCGAAGUACUAACUCACACGGAAUGAGAAAAGUUAAAACAGUCAAUGGAAAGAAAGUCAAUAUUGAUAUGACACCACCUGAUGAACAGUUAAAACUGGCCAUAAAAAGAGCCAAGAAAUUUGCUGCUAAAAAAAAGGUUGACAAAGCUAUUCAUGAGUAUACCAGGUGUAUUGCUCUGUCUAGAAUUGUUUAUGGUAGUAAUCAUUGGAAAUAUGCAGAAAGUCAGGUCAAUCUAGCUGAAGCUUAUUUAGAACUAAAAGAUUAUAAAGCUCAAGCAGAAUAUCAUUCAGAGAACGCUAAAAAUGUGAUGCUACAUGGAGUACAUACAACAAGCACACAACAAGAAAAAGCUGAUGUUUAUUAUGUUUUAACUAGAAUAUAUCGUACAUUGGGCCAAGCUUACACUGCUGAGCAAUGUUUGACUAAAGCUAGUAGAAUAGGUGAAGAAAGAGAACAACUAUCGUGUGUCAAUGCUGAUGAAGUAGAUGAUACUAAUAUUAGUCUAUCAUUGGCUAUGGCUAGGUUACAUAGUAAGCAGAAGAAACAUGCCUUAUCCAGUGCUGAAUUUGAUAAAGCCUUAGAAUUAAUGAAAGAUAGAUAUGGGGAAGAUGCCCUGGAACUUAUCCCUAGUAAAGGUCGACAUGCCAAUCAUGAGAAAGCUAUAGACCAGUUUUUACAAGCACAUUCUAUUGCUGGUUGCCACUACAAAGAUGGAAGUAUGGAACUAGUAGAUACAGCACUGUCUUUAGCUCAAGCUUACGCUAAUACUGGUCGUGAUGAGGCAGAAGAUUCUGCAAAGAGUUAUUUAGAAGAAUGUUUAGUGAACUGUACUACUGUAUAUGGACCUCAUCAUGCUAAAACUCUAGAGGUACAAGAUGAACUAGCAAGGUUACUCAUUAGAACAGAUAGACAUGAUGAAGCAAUGAAUAUAUUGAAAUCUAGUAUAAAUCCAAAAUGUGAAGUAUUUGGUGAUUACUCUGAAUCUGUAUCAGAUACAUAUAAACUAAUGGCCUCAGUUCAUCUAUCUCAGGGAAAUAUAGAAAAGGCUCUUAGAGCUUAUAAAAAGUGUCACAAUAUAGAAACAUUAGUGCUGGGUAAAAAUCAUAAAAAGACAAAAGAAUCUCAAACUACAAUGGAACUUUUGAUGGCGAGUCCAGGGAUAUCCUCCAAGUUUGUUCUAGAUAAAUCAGAUGAACUGCAAAAGAGACCAAAAUUUAACAGUGUUGUGAAUAGGAGUAGGCCAAUAUAGAACAUCAGCCAUUUUCUUAUUUAUAUUAUUUAAAGGGAUUGUAAAGAGGUUUUUGAAAUAGUUUAUGUAUAUCAGGGUCACUGAUAUAUUUGCAGGAACCACAGAUGUCUGAUUGAAAAUGGAAAUGGUGCAAAUUGAUGCUAUCAAUGCCCCCGAUAUGAAUUUUUGGAAAACCUAUAUACCAUCUCUUGUACAAUAAUUGUGUAUAUAUUCCUCUUACUCUUAAAGUUAAUUUGAUUCUAUAUACAUGCAUACUAGCAGCAAAAAAACAGAACCUCAGUUUUGAAUGCUCUGUGCUCUGCAGAGAUUUUAUAAAGGACUUAAAGAUUAAUAUUUAUAUUUAUUUGUGUUUCUUUGUAAUGAAACACAUAAAAUAUUCUUAACUGUGAUAUAUUUCUGAACGUUGUUGUAUGUUCACAUAAUUUAUGGUUAUUUUUUAAUUCUGUGAUAUACAUUUUAAUAAUGCCUAUUAUGUGUAUUUCUCAGUCUUAUCUAUAUGUUUGUAUUUCUAGUAUUUGCUUAAUAAAAAUUUUGGAGGUG